CAGACCGAGACCGUGGCGCCAUUACCAGGUGUGGCUGCAGAAAAACGCAGGUGGAGUGCUGGGUGGGGUGUCGAAUUUUCCCGGCUAAUAACGCUUCUUUAGCCCCUGAAAGCCCCCAGAUGGUAGGGCAGGAUGCGGGGCGAGUGGCAGCUGGUGUGGUGGAGUUUGGCGGCCGUUAUAGGGGUCAUAAUGGCGCAGUUUGAGUACCACGAGACGGACACCUUUGACCAAAUAGAUCACCUGUUUCGAAGUGUGAUCCCCGAUAACUGCUACAUCAAGCCUCUGAAAGACCUGUACAUGCCUGUUGACAGCGUAUCACACCUCCCGGACAUCCAGCAGAUCAACAUCAACCCAAUCUUCCCAAACAGAACGGCCCUCUACCACCUCCACAACAUGGCUCACUCUCGCGGCUUCUUCUUUUCCUAUAUCCUGCAGUCUCGCUUCAAGAGGCCUGCUGUGAAUGCGUCAGACAGUGCCUCAGAGUACGACCCGGGCUUCAUGUACUACUUCCUCUCCACGGUGGCGGAUGUGGCGGCCAACCCCAGGAUCAACUCCAGCGCCGUGUACUUCCAGCCCAACAUGGCCUACACCUCCUCAUACAAGGGUUUCUUCAACAAAACACUGCCACUCUUUGCCCCGAGGACAUUCAGGAUGGAUGAUUACAAUGACCCUGUGCAUCUGGAGAGGAUUUCGACGCUCAACUUCUUCCAGGUGGAGGAUCUCGGUGCCAUCCUGCCUAAGGGCCAGCGUUCCCUCAAUUACACUCUGGAGGACUACCGCAUCAAUGAGUGGUACUACUCUUGGCUGCCCUACACCAACCUACAGCAGGACAAGCUCACCACUUACCAGGUGAAGAUCCGCUAUGCUAACAACACCAAUGAGACCUUUGUGUUCCAUGGCCCCAACGCUGCCGACGAGACACCUGGUCCUGUUAAACUGACCCGCCCUUACUUUGACUGUGGCCGCUCCAACAAGUGGUCUGUGCCGGCCAUCACGCCAGUGGCUGACUUGCACCCGCGCCACACACAGUUCCGUCACAUUGAGUUCCCCACCCGCACUGCAAUAGCUGUCAUGGAAAUGGACUUUGAGAGGAUAGACAUCAACCAGUGUCCAAGAGGAGAAGGAAAUUCAGGCCCUAACAGAUUUGCAGACACUGCUCGAUGUAAAAAGGACACCACUGAGUGUGAGCCCCUAGAUGGGUAUGGGUUCCGUAGGGGAGGAUACCAGUGCCGGUGUAAGCCUGGAUAUCGCCUGCCCAAUGUAGUGCGACGGCCUUACCUUGGGGAAUUAAUAGAGCGCGCUACCCUCUACCAGUACCGCAGUGCCUUCAUGUGCACCCCCAUUGGAUGGAUCCAGAAGUUGCCAUUCGAUUACAACAAGAUGUCCCCAUGGGAGCGACACAAGUACCUCUCCAAGGACUUCAACAAUGUGACGGGGUCGGAGGCACUGCGUGCCAACACCAUCAAUGUGGACCAGGUCAUUGAGUUUCUCAAGUCUGUCACUAAGGACAACUGCCACCAGUUCCCCCCUGAUGACCUCAUCUUGCGUGGUGACGUUGCCUAUGGUGUGGAGGCUCAGUUUGAGAAUGAGGCCAGAAUGGCACUCCGUCUGGCUAACUUCCUGAGUGCCUUCCUCCAGAUUGUAGACCAUCAGGAAAUCUUCUCAGGUGUGAGAGUGGUGGACCGGCCACUCACUGAGGACCAGAUGAUGGGAGAAGUGCUGUCCAUCAUUCUUGGCAACAGCAGGAUCUGGGCCUCAGGAAUGUACUGGGACCGUGGGAAGUUCACCAACCGCACACUCUUUGCUCCCCUUGCCUACAAGACCAUCCUAAACACUCGCAAGUUCUUCAUGGAGGACCUGGCACGGCUCAACUCCACCCGGGACUCGUAUGUCAACAAGCCGUGGUUCAGGAAACUGAAGACAAGAUGGUCCACCAACUUUGAUGACCUGGAGAAGUACUGGUUAAGGCUAAAGUUGAGACACAAUGCCACGGGAAUGUACGGCAGGAAAUAUGAACGCUACCCAACAUUCUACAAGGCAGCAGAAUUGCGUCAUGGUCAGUGGAGUGUGCCAGAAUUUGACUGUGAUGGCUUUGUGAAGAAGUGGGUGAUCCACUACACAGCACCCUUCUUUGGGUGGGAUGCACUCAGGGCCAAGCUGGAGUUCAAAGGUGCAAUUCGAGUCACAAUGGACCUCCUCAAGCUGGACAUAACGCAGUGCCCAAGUGAAUACUAUGUUCAGAAUGCUUUCAAGGACACCCACCGCUGUGACAGGAAGACAUCCUAUUGUGUACCCAUCCAGGGACGAGGGUUUGACACAGGAGGCUACAAGUGUGAGUGCAUCCAGGGCUAUGAGUAUCCAUUUGAAGAUCCCAUCACUUACUUUGAUGGCCAGUUGAUGGAGGCUGAGUAUAUUAACAUUGUCCGCAACAAGAAAACAAGGUACGACUUCUUGAAGUGCCGAGUAGCAGGCGCAGCAGCAUUACAGAGCAGCUCCAUUGUAAUUUUGGGACUACUGUUCUUCAGCCUUGUCCUCAGACGCUAACAAACAUCAUUAUACAUAAUAGUACAGUGAAAGUGCCUCAGAUGUUCCACCACUAAGUGAACACUUGUCUGUUAACUCACAAUUUAAAUUAUUUUUAUAACCAAGUAUGAUAUUUUUCAGAGAAUCUCAAGUGAGCAGUAUGAUUCUAUUUGAGAUUGAUGUGGUUAGCUUUUUUUAUAGAACAAGAGUGGUAUGCUUAUUAAUGUGUGGAUGUGUAUGUUUGGAUGUAUGAUUGACUUCGCUUUAAACAUCCAGGCCCUGAACACAGAUUUAAGGUUGUAUAUUUUUUAAAAUUUUAUAUGGGCAGAGAAAUUUUGCACAAGACUUAGCAUGAAUUUACAUAUUUAAAAGUAUUAAUUUGAAUGUUACAGCAUUACAUAGUAUGAUAUUUUAUUGUUAGCAAGAUUGCCAGAAAACUUUAUACCCAUGUAAAGUAUUUAAGGCUUGUAUAUAAUAAUAAGGUUGGUAAGCUCAAAACAGUUCCCUCAUGGACUUCCAGUUAUACUGGGUCUUUUGAGCCACUAGCCAUCUGGUGAUGCUAUGGUGCAUUUUUAAGACAUUUAUUUUGGGUGUUUGUAGCAUGAGAGAAAGUGGUAUGAUAGGGAGGGGGAUGCUGUGAGUAUGAAAGGAAGACUUUUCUUGAAAUUAAGGGGAGAUUGAUGGAUUACUUGAAAGAGAGGAACAAUGAGAGAUUGAGGAAGAUUGUUUGUAUGAGAGUUGAGUAUAUGGGCCAGAACAAAUGGAAUCUCCAAUGAAUGGAACAUCCAAGUAUGUUAGAGCUCAAGCUCUAGCUCAAGCUAAUGGUGAACAUUAUUUUAUCUGGAAUCAGGUAGUUUUAUAUGUUUUACAUUGAACAUACCAAAUGUUAUGUUUAAGGAAUGCUGCCACAGUAUUCCUGCACCAUGAAAGGUGACUGAAAAGGACUGAGGAAGUUUGUCCUUUCAUUUCUAGCUGGAACCUUGAGCUACUUGUGUAACCUUAUUGCCAAUUCGUCCAUGGCUCAGACAGCUUAUCUCCAGCAAAGCCCCACUUGUUUUGCUUUUACUUCACUUGUCUCCAUCUCCCUUACUAGUAAUUUGUGCAAUACUUUCAUUUCUCGAUCAUUGGACUGAAGAAUGUUAGGUGUGGCAAGAUUUUCUCUCUCUCUCUCUCUCUCUCUCUCUCUCUCUCUCUCUCUCUCUCUCCAUGGAAUCAUUAUACCAUAAAUAAGAAUAGUGGUGUGUGAUACUUCCUCUGAGCAUAAUGGUGUCAUCAGGUUUAGGUAGGGUGGAAAGGAUGGUAAACAACUUUUCAUCUCAAGCUCUUGGCACAAGACAAGUGGAUGUGUGCAUGUUUGUCCUCAUAACUUGCAAUAAAAAGGUUGCUUACCACCAUUCCUUUCUGCCUUAUCUAAAAUCUGAUGACACCAUUGUGUUCAGAAUUUUCUCCAUCACAUGUGAUUUCUUGAAAUCUGUGACUUUAAUACACAUUAUCUUGUUUCAGCACAUAUCUAUUAUUUUUUGUCAGCUUUCAUUUUGACAGAUUUGUUCAUAAUCAGCUAUCAUCAUUUUGUCCAGUUGAUGAGAAACCAAGUAAGUAUUGUGCAAAAUAAGGGAGAGGGGAAAGUAAACUUGCAGACCCAUCCCCUGGAGUAAGCAUAAGACAGGAUGACUGAGCUGUACACCAACCAGCUAUAAGGUUACAAAAGUAGCACCCACUAUACUUUUCCUAUAGUGUGAUUACUGCCCAAGGGGAUCUUGGCAAAUAAUUUGUCAGAUUUCACUGUUUUCAUCCGUUGCACAUUCCCAGGAUUGCAAUUGCCCUUAUAAUUAGCUAAAUAUUUUGUUAGUCAAAUAACAGUAACAUAUCAGCCUGACACUUUCACAGACAAAUACAUGCACCUUUGUAAGUCUUUCUCUUUCUCCAGCUAACUGACCCACAUUGUUCAGGUAUCACAGCCACCACCUCUCGAUUUUCAGUCUCCUUGAAUGAUUGUAAAAAAUUAACAUGCUCUUUAUACAUACAAGGCGAACAUUCUUUGUGUUACGUUGUACAAAUGGUUUGAAUCUCAUUGUGACAGAGAUGUCUAUGAAAUUUCAGUGCUUUAUGAAUGUUAUGGAUUCAUUUUCAGUUCUGUCUUUUCACAGCAACCAGUGGAAGAUAAGGUUUUACUGGCGAUUCUCAAUUUGUCCAAAUAAUUAUGUAUAGCACUUUAAAGUGUUAACAGAAACUGCAGUUGGAACAGUGUUCUACAUUCAGAUUUAGUACUGGCUUGUAACUCUAUAAUAUGGUAUUUUAGGUAGUGUUUUCUAUUGCCUCAUGUACUUUGUAGUACAUAUUUUUCAAAGAAAGACCACCAUCUCUUCAUGCAUCAGGAAAUGACUGAUAAUCAUAAGCACUCACACAUACCUUAAAAGUUUAAAUCUCUUGAAAAUUUUCAACUUUACUUUCAGCUUGAUGCAAAAAGAUUGAAAAAUUACAUCAGCAAACAGUCAAGCCAGCAUAUUUCUGUAUUAUGAAUAUUGCAGCCACUUGCAAAACCUUAGAUACAUUCGAAAAUUUAAACAUUCACAAGGCACUGUGUAAAUGAACAGUAACUUAAUUUUAUGCUGUAUUCCAAAGGACUGUAUUCCAGGUGUUGUAAAUUAAGCCUUAAAGGUAUAUACAUGUUAAUGGUAACCUGCUGUACAUCAAGUAAUCACUGCAUCCUAUUUCAACACAAAUGAGUGGUUUAAAGCAGUUCAAAAUCAUGUCAUAUUUUCUAAGUGAAGAACUUGUGUGAUAGAAUCUAUCCACAUCUUUACAAAAGCAACUAUCCGUCCAUGUAAAUUGUGAUAGCAUCUGUUCUUGUUUAUACAAAGAAAAUAUCCGUCCACAUUUGAUAAUUCAGAGAAAUGUCCAUCCCCAUGUGAUAUUUCAUUCCACUGUUAUAAGGAACUAGCCAUCCGUCCAUAGAUUUUUCUUUACGUGUAUGUACGAAUAGAUUUUACAUUCUUGAAUUAGUUUCUCAAUAAUUUAAUAGAACGCAAUAUUUAUAUUGUGUCCAGUGGCAAUUGUUAUAUAAUUAUAGCAUAUAUAUUUUAAGUAAAUAAAAAAGUGUA